CCUGUCCUGCUGCAGAGGGAAAUGUGGACUCUUCUCAUUGCUCUGAAAUGACUCAGGUUAAUGGUUGCACUCCGUGAUCUUGAGGGUCUCUUGCAACCAAAAUGAUUCUCUGGUUCUGUGAUUUCCCAUGGACCACCUGCUCUUCCUGAGCCAGAGAAGACACCAGCCUUUUGCUGCCCACACCGCUUUCCCAGCUGCUCUAAGCACCACAGGUGCUUCCCAUCCCUCUAUGGUUUUGCCCUUGUGUCCCAGCUCCUACCCUUCCAACAUACCCCAAACCAACAUGGAGGGCACAUGCCUCUGCUCCAGCCUCCACUCUCUUCCUGGAAUCAGGUCCCCAAAGGUCUCUCUGCUCCCACUGGCGUGGGUCCCUGCAUGGAAGGAGGUGUCCGUGGGGGCUCCCGGUGGCUCCAGCACCCCAGCCCUUCUCGUGGCACAGAGCCUUGGGCUGGCUGGUCCCCCUCACCCCUCACAUGCCCCCCCUGACUGCUGGGCACCAGGACAAACCCACAGCCCAUCCCUGCGCCUUUGGGCUGUGGAGCACAUGCCCAGCAUGGCGGGAUUGUCCUUGUUCCCUCUUGGGAGGAGCCUGCAAUGUCAUGGAAUCAGAGAGUCAGUCAGACAACCAUGUUGGUUGGAAGAGACCCUUAAGAUCAUCGAGUCCAACCAUAACCUAACUCUGGCACUAAACCGCGACUCUAAGAACCUUGUCAUUUGAUGGUGCUCUGUUCCCCUCAGCCUGGCACCCACCUCCUCUUCACACCUGGUAGAUGCUCUCACACCUGUCCCUGGAAGGACCUGGUGACAGCUCUGGCAGCUGCUUGUAUGAACCUCCGAUCAUCUCCUUAUUGGUCUUCCUGCGGAUUCAGUACUUGUAGGUUCACGCUCAGAAUCUUCUGUAUCUCAUCUUCAUUUAUUCCUGAGCUCCAGUUUCUUGUUAGUUUCAGAGUCUUUCCUUUUUCCUUAAAGGUAGUGGCUCUGCUUUUCCUUGUCACCCUCAAGCCUUUGAAUCACACUGUCACCUUCAGGUGCCUUUCUGGUCCUCCUGUGAUCUCUCAGAGGUCCCUCCCUUACUUUGCUUUCUAUGUGUGAGCAUGAAGCUAACAUCUACAUUGCAAUAUUUGCAAGCAGACACCUUUGUCUCUAACUCUUAUCAAACAUUUUUCUUUGGAGGGGGAUAAGGUCUGUUCCUACAAUCAGUGUUGGAGAGGGGAAGCAAGAGAUCUUUCUGUAUCCUCGGUGAUGGUGUAAACAUAUUUUUCUUCCAUGAAGGGCAGCAGCUGUUCAGCAAGGCAGGGUCCAACCUGCCACGUUUAUGGGAUCUUCAGACCACACUCCAGUUGAAGCCCAGGAAACCUGGAGCAGGGCGAGGAGCUGCUCUGCUCCACUCUCAUUUGACAGUCCUUGGAGUCUUUACUGACCACAGAGGUGAGGUCCCAGCUCUCUCUGAUGUCCUUCAGGUGACACAGAGUUGGGGGUUGCCCUGAGGCUCAAAACCCUAUGGGCUGAGGCUCACCGCCUGCCCCACAGAUGUGUCCCCUGGGUGUGAGGAGUGCCGGGGACACAGCACCAGCCCCUGCACAGCAGAGCCAAGGGCUGGUGAUCUCUACAGCAGGGUUGAGCACUUCACUCUUUGUCUACCUGUCCUUGUCUCCUCCUGCUCUCCUUGCAGAUGAGCCCUGAACCCCUGCAUCAGGGAAAUCUCAGCAGCCCCACCAUGUUCCUUCUCCUGGGGUUCUCCAGUGCUUACAGAGCAUGGGUGACCCUCUGCCUCUGCUUCUCGCUCAUCUACCUGGUGACGGUGCUGGGAAACCUGCUCAUCCUGACCCUUGUCUGGCUGGACACCCACCUGCACUCCCCCAUGUAUUUCUUCCUGGGCCACCUCUCCUUCCUGGACAUCUGCUACUCCUCUGUCACCCUCCCCAAGAUCCUCAGAGACGCCUUCUCACCACAGAAGACCAUCUCCUUUGUGGGCUGCAUCACGCAGAUCUACUUCUUCCUUUGCUUUGGUGGCUCUGAGUGCAUGCUCCUGGCUGCCAUGGCCUAUGAUCGGUACCUGGCCAUCUGCCACCCCCUCCACUACCCAGCACUCAUGAACAGGAAGAUGUGCUGCUGCUUAGUGGCUGUUUCGUGGUUGAGCGGUUCCAUCUCAUCUCUGACCCAGGCCUUCCUCACAUCCCGCUUGCCCUUCUGCAGGUCCAACAGGAUUGACCACUUGUUUUGUGAGAUACCAUUCUUGCUGAAGGUGUCCUGCAGCCCUAAUGCUCCUCUCAACAAGGCUGCCUUAUAUGUUUUUGCUGGGACUAUUGCAAUGGGCUCUUUUCUCCUGACCGUGGUGUCGUACGUUCACAUCAUCGGCACUGUCCUCCGGAGGGGUGCAGGGACGCACAGGGCAUUUACCACCUGCACCUCCCACCUCAUCGUGGUGUCCCUGUUCUUCAGCACCGGGGCUGUCGCAUACCUGGCACCUCACUCCAGCGACUCCAGGGAGACGGAUGAGGUCCUUGCCCUGCUGUACGCUGUUGUGACCCCCAUGCUCAACCCCAUCAUCUACAGCUUGAGAAACAGCGAGGUCAAAGGGGCCAUCAGGAAAGCCCUGUGCACAGGGGUGUCACGGGUGUGCACUAAGGGUUCGGGCAUCACUGUGGAGUGACACCCCUCCCCAUGCCAGGGAUGCAGCUCUUGGAGACACAACACACAAGGGCUCUGGGGCUCCGGGUUGGGUGGUGCCGUGUGGUGCUGGUGCACCGUUCGGUGGCUCCUCGCUCUUCCUCACCAACACAUCAGUGCUCAGGCCCGUUAUCGCCAGGGGGACGUGGAGGCUGGGUAUCUACCUCACAGCAGGGUCUCCCUUUGUGUCUGGAAGCCUCUGGCACAGCUGGCGUCAGUUCACACCACCAGCUGCAGAAAACCCAGCUCACACAGGUGUGACCCCAGGGACAUGCGCUGUGUGUCAUCCCAGGAGAGGAUGAGACAAUGCAGAGCACUGCUGAGGUCUUCCACCUCUGGAACUGGUGGCAGAAGGAUGGCACACAACAUCCUCUGGAGACCUGAAUAGACUAGGAGUGGAUUUUGUAAAAUUGCUAAUUGCUUGGCCACAGGACCUGUCCCAGUAAGUAGUUCUGGGAACUUUUUUUCCUAGGAAAUAGGUAUUGCCCAGGUAGAGGAGCUGUAGUGGCCAUCUGCACGCUGCCCCUGAUGGGACAGUGCCCUUGGUAAGCCUUAAUUUUUUUAAUCUUUUAUCUAGAUCAGGGCUUUGCCAGGCUUUCUGGAAAGAGCUUUAAUGCCAAAGCAGAGCCCUUUCUGAGGUGAAACACCGGGCAAAGCACAGCAGUAAUGCUCGGCUGUUUGCAUCUCCUCUUAAACGGUGGAUAAUCUUGUCUGGACUGGACUUGCAGACACUGCAGAGCCGGAUGUCUUUCCCUUAAUACAAUAAAAUAUGUAUAAGUAGGAAAACCAUUGUCAGGGAAUUGAUCUUUGUAUUUUCAGGAGUCAAAGUUAACCCUGGAAACGGAGAGCUGCUUCCACAUGCACAAUGGUGGCGAUAAGGCGGGAGUGUGGGUGGGAGAGCAGAUCAGUCUGUUUCGCGACGUGCCUUCGGGAAGGGUUCGGGAGCAACCAGCAGCACAAGGAGCUGGGAGGGUGUUACCUGGUGGUCAUAAAUAAAGGGGUGUUAAAGGACGCUGUGGCAGGUGCUCAGCAUGUGCAAGAAGAUACCUCUACAGGCACAGCCAAACACAUCCCCCUCGGACCUCAACCGGUUGUUAGGUUGGGGUUUCUUUACAAUAAGACUCUGUAAGACUCCUGCUUAGCAGAAAUUAUGGGAACUGUUUUCCUGCGACUGGAAACACCCCUGACCCUGCUGGACCAAGGAUUUCCCAGUAGGAAUUCAACGUGCUUUAUCCCACUCAGCAACACAUCCUCCCAGAGCAUGCAGACAAGGCAGGGCUAGUUGAGGAGCCCAGCUUUCAGGAUACCUACAAAAUCAGCAGCUCCUUUGGAAAUAAGGAAGAAUUUCACAUCCCUUCCCACCCAUGGUCCCCAGGACGGGGUGAUCCAGAGCCGUGUGCCACUCCUCUGCUGUCCCUGCUCACAGGGAAACCUGCGGCUUCACGACUCCUCCUGCCAGGUGUAGCUGCUUUGGUACCUGGCCAGAUGUGCACCUCUGGAGGUGACAGGCAGGGGGGAGGAUGGGGAACCCCUGUUACAAGGAAGGGUCUGGCACCAAGAGUCCUGAGUGUUCUCUGUGCUCACCCUUCACCAACUUGUCCCACCGACGGGCAAGACCACACCAUGACAUGGAAUGACAGAGCUUGGUGUAAAGACUGGAAGCGUCACCAGGGGUAAAAUAAACAUAUAUCCCUUUUAUCAGGCUUGUCCGUCAGGGAAGGUCACUGCUUUCCCUGGAGCAGCCGUCUCUGAAGUGGGCUGCAUGCGCCCCGGGGGUGUGCAAGGCA